AAACUCCUGCUUUUGCGAGAGAGCGAGAAGAGGGGCUGAUUAGGGAUGGCGGCAGCUUCAGCCCGGCAAACGAUGGAGGCAAUGGCGGAGGGCAUGUCGGCGUCUGGGAGGACAGCAGAGAAGCUGAGCCUCCCGACUCUACAAUCUAGAAUGAAGUGCGAUCCGGAGGGAUACGAAGCGGAGCUGAGCUUAGUUUACAGCCAAUUCAAGUCAUAUGUGGAGCUCUUUGAGCAACAGGCGGCCAUGACCUUCGUCUCCCACAGCGGCGUCGGUAAUGAUUCCACUGUCUCCAAGGAACUCGGUGACAGGGCUUCGUUCUUGGCCCAUGUCACUCCGUUCUACCCAAAGCAGCUUGCCCAAUUCCCUAAAGAGCUUGCUCAGUUCCUUCGUUCAUCUGCCCGGUCUCUGCCUUCCGGCCUCCGGGUUCAAGUUGCCCAAUCCGUGAUUCUUAUGAUUAACCGGAAGAUGGUUGACAUCCCGGAUACACUAGAGUUAUUCAUGGAGCUACAGACUCUAGGCGACAAAGUUAUUAGGCAAUUAGCUUUCUCACAUGUUAUUCAUAGUAUUCGACGUAUGAAUCAGAAGCAUAAAAAUGACCCUAAGAACAAGCAGCUUCAGAAUAUCUUGUUUGCUAUGCUGCAGAAAGAAGACGAAACAAAAGCAAAAAGAGCACUCAUCACUCUCCGUGAACUCCAUAGGAGAAAGGUUUGGUUUGAUGAGAGGACAUCAGAUGCUAUAUGUAGUGCUUGCUUUCACACCUCAUCAAGAAUCAUGAUCGCUGCACUUUCAUUCCUUAUUGAUUAUGAGAAGGUUGAAGAUGAUGGCGACAGUGAUGGUUCAGACAGUGAAGAUGACCAGAAUACUCAACAGCCUCAAGUUGCGAUAAAUAAAGAGGCUGUUUAUAAGGCAAAUAAGAAGGGCACAACAUCUAGCAAAAAGAAAAAGAAAGCGAAGUUACAGCGUGCUAUUAGGAACAUGAAGAGGCAGCAGCGGUUACAAUCAGAUAACAGUACCAACUCAAACUAUUACUCACCACUAAACUACUUGAAAGAUGCACAGGGAUUUGCAGAGAAGCUCUUUUCUCGUCUUCAAAGUUGUAAUGAGAGGUUUGAGGUCAAGAUGAUGAUGCUGAAAGUGAUUGCAAGAACUGUUGGACUUCAUCACUUAAUCUUAUUAAACUUUUAUCCAUACCUUCAGAAAUAUGUGCAGCCCCAUCAACGAGAUGUAACUAACUUAUUGGCAGCGGCUGUUCAGGCCUGCCAUGACAUGGUGCCACCUGAUGCUGUUGAACCACUUUUUAGGCAAGUAGUCAACCAGUUUGUUCACGAUCGAUCCAGGCCAGAGGCAAUCUCUGUCGGGCUUAAUGUGGUCAGGGAAAUGUGUUUGCGAGUGCCCUUGUUGAUGACAGAGGAUCUUUUGCAAGACCUUGUAUUAUAUAAAAAAUCACAAGAGAAGGCUGUUUCUUCUGCUGCUCGAUCACUUGUGACAUUAUUCAGAGAGAUUUGUCCUACACUGCUUAUCAAGAAGGAUAGAGGACGCCCUUCUGAUAUAAAAGCAAGACCAAAGGCAUUUGGUGAAGUGAAUGUUGUGAGCAAUGUUCCUGGAAUUGAAUUGUUGGAAGAGGAUGACGAGGAGAGUGAUAAUGAUGUGGAAGGCGGGUCCAUCGUUUCAUCCGACAAUGAUAAAGUAGGUGAUGAAGAUCUUUCCCCUGUUGAAGAUGACGAGCCUGAUGAUGAUGCUUCCGAACAUGCACUCAGUUUAUCUAGUGACGAGUGUGAAAUUGAUGAUGAAGAUUGCAGUGAUAUUGACAACACUGAUGAGGUAGAAGAAGAAAAAAUGCCUGACGAUGAAGAUUCUGAUGACUAUUUAAGUGAAGAGAAUAAUGAAGAUGAGUUUGAUGACCUGUCUUGUAGUCUAGGUACUAGUAGUACUCAAGGUCCUUACGGUGGGGAAAAUAAAUCCAAGGCAAAGAAAAGGAAGUUUGAUGAUUUUGAUGAAAAGCUGCAAGCUUCUAGUAAUAGUCUUAGGGCGCUAAAGAAAUUAGCAGGAUCAAAACUUGGAAACGAUUCUUCAGAAAAUGCACAAGAUGGCAUUCUAUCCAAUGAGGACUUCCAAAAGAUUAAAGAGAUGAAGGCUAAAAAAGAAGCUAGAGUUGCUUUGACCAAGACUGGAUUUAAACUUCCUAGCUCAGACGAACUUAGUUCCAAAAGAGUUAACGCCUCAAAACUUGAGGCUAAUAUAAAAAAGAAGUUAAGCAGAGAAGAAAAGCAAGCAUUAAUGAAAGCUCGCAGGGAGGAGCGAGGAAAGUACCAGGCUCGUGCUGCUAUUAAGCAGAAAAAGACUGGUGGUACAAGCAAUGUGCAAAAACAACGCAAAAAGGUUAUGCCAAUGGCUGCAAAUAGAGAAAGGUUUACAAAAAAUAGAGAGAAAAAGAAGAUAAAACAACAGCGAGCUGGGAAGCAAUUCAGAGGAAGAAAAGCAUGGAAGUGACGCGCAACAUUGCAACAUUUUUUUCUUCCUAAUUUCAAUUUUGUGUCCCUCUUGGUUCUACAGAAAAAUAAUCUCAGUUUUGUUCUGAUUAUUUUUAUCAAGGAAUCAUUUGUAUUUUUUAACAUUAACAGUUAUUUAAUCAUUUCAGAUUUCUACAUCCUUUUCCUUUGGAUUAUAAAGGUGUAUAGUUGUGCUUCCUAUUCAAUGAAACUUGAUUGCUAUACCAUAA